AGCAGACCCUGAGCUGUAUUCAGUCGCUGUUGUGGCUGGGAGGCAACACAUUCUGCCAGCCUUUUUAGUUGAUGCAGCCUGAGGUAAAACAGGACUCUUUUAAACUCACCGACCAACCGAAAACAACUACUUCUGGUGUCCUCUGAACAAACUCCCGCUCUGCAAGAGAGCUUUAAUUCUGCAGGUGCUGAUCAAACGGCAAGCAGAAAUGCCUUCAGUGCGAGCUGUGGAAAGACUCGGAGUUGAAUGACGGCAGCAUGUCAAGCCAGUUGACCGUUUCCUUGUGAAUGGAUUAGAGGCGAGUUGUAACCAUGCGCUGCCUGGCUGCUCGGGUGAACUACAAAACCCUCAUCGUUAUCUGCGCCCUCUUCACCCUCAUCACUGUGUUGCUAUGGAACCGCUGCACCAGUGACACCUCGCUUCACUUCCUGCCCCGUGCUGCCGUGGUGGCUCCGAGUCCCAAGGUGGGGGAUGCCAGCAUCAGCAGCCAGCAACACCCUCCACAACCCCCGGAGCCUCCGCCUGUUGUCGGUGUUGCCGCAGGGAUCAAGUAUGAAGAAAUCGACUGCCUGAUCAAUGAUGAAUCUACAAUCAAAGGCCGGCGAGAGGGCGGAGACAUUUACCUGCCCUUCAGCUGGAUGGAGAAGUACUUUGAAGUGUACGGCAAAGUGGCGCAGUACGACGGCUACGAUCGCUUUGAGUUCCAGCACAGCUACUCAAAAGUGUACGCACAGCGCGAGCCCUACCACCCCGAUGGAGUCUUCAUGUCAUUUGAGGGAUACAAUGUGGAGGUCCGCGACCGUGUCAAGUGCAUAAGUGGAGUGGAAGGCGUGCCUCUGUCCACACAGUGGGGUCCUCAGGGAUACUUCUACGCCAUCCAGAUCGCUCAGUAUGGCUUGAGCCACUACAGCAAAAACCUGACUGAGCGUCCGCCCCACGUGGAUGUCUAUGAUACAGCUGAGGACAGAGACAGCCGGGCCAGCUCUGCGCCCUGGAGCGUGCCCAAAGGUUGUGUCCUCAGCCGUGUCCACGACAAGACCCGAGCUUCCUCUGUGCGUCAGUUCAGUGCUCCAGAGUCCUCUGAAGGCGUCUCCCUCCAGCUGGCGAACUCCAAAGACUUCAUCCUCAGCUUGGACAUCAAGUUCGUCUCCAACGGCAGUGUGUCUGUGAUCCUGGAAACCACGGAGAAGGGCGCGCCGUUCACUAUCCACUACGUGACCAGCACACUGCUCAUCGCAUUCAAAGACCGUGAGAUCACGUACGGCAUCGGCCCACGCACCGCCUGGAGCACCCUGACCCGAGACCUGCUCACCGACCUCAGGAAGGGCGUUGGGCUGUCCAACACCAAGGCUGUGAAGGCCACCAAGAUCAUGCCCAGACGGGUGGUGCGUCUAGUUCUUCACGGGCGUGGCUUUGUUGACAACGUCACCAUCUCAACCACCGCACACAUGGCCGCCUUCUUUGCCGCCAGCGACUGGCUGGUGCGCAACCAGGACGAGCGAGGCGGCUGGCCCAUCAUGGUCACCCGUAAACUGGGUGAGGGCUUCCGGCCCCUGGAGCCUGGCUGGUACUCGGCCAUGGCUCAGGGCCAGGCUAUGUCCACCCUGGUGAGGGCCUACCUCCUCACCAAGGAGCAGGGCUACCUCAACGCUGCCCUCAAGGCAGUGGGACCCUACAAGGUGCCUUCAGCGCAGCAUGGGGUCAAAGCUGUGUUCAUGAACAAAUACGACUGGUAUGAAGAAUACCCCACCACGCCCAGCUCCUUUGUCCUCAACGGCUUCAUCUAUUCCCUGCUGGGGCUCCACGACCUGACGGAGACAGCCGGAGAAAAGCUUGGCCGGGAGGCGGGGCAGCUGUUCAGCCGUGGCAUGGACUCGCUGAAGGCCAUGCUGCCACUGUUUGACACGGGGUCUGGGAGCAUCUACGACCUGCGUCACUUCAUGUUGGCCACAGCGCCCAACCUGGCACGCUGGGACUAUCACACCACGCACAUUAACCAGCUGCAGCUGCUGGUGUCCAUAGACAACGCGCCCGUCUUUAAGGACGUGGUGAAGCGCUGGAAAAAUUACUUAAAAGGGAUUCGUGCAAAGCACAACUAGACAAACUGUACCACACAUUUAGCAUACAGCUGAGAGAAUGACUGAAAAAGAUGAAUAUACUGAAAAUGAUAGAAUGUAAGGUGGCAUUGUGUGUGUGUGUGUGUGUGUGUGUGUGUGUGUGUGUGUGUGUGUGUGUGUGUGUGUGUGUGUGUGUGUGUGUGUGUGUGUGUGUGUGUGUGUGUGUGUGUGUGUGUGUGUGUGUGUGUGUGUGUGUGUGUGUGUGUGUGUGUGUGUGUGUGUGUGUGUGUGUGUGUGUGUGUGUGUGUGUGUGUGUGUGUGUGUGUCCCAGUUUUGGUUGAGGUUCAUAAUCUAAAGGACAAGUUAAUUCAGCCGCAGCUCUACACUAAAAGUUCAUUGUAUGCUCUGCUGCAGGUUUAAUGUUUCCUGCAACACUGACUGUAGCUCUCCUCCAAAUUAUGCACAGACCUAUUUUCAGAGUGUGUGUGUGUGUGUGCGUGUGUUUGUGGGGGGGGGGUAACAAUAUAUGAUGAAACCCUUUUUGUUUAAACUGAGUCAUAUUACCGACAUUCUUUGAUGCAUCCACCACUCCUCUACAAUUGUAUUUUUGACCAUUUCAUCCCAAUUUUGCAAAGAUUAUGAAACUAAAAAAUAAAACGGAAUAUAUUAGAUAUAUAUUAUAAGUAUUUGGACGACAUUUUGCAUUUAAAUCCUCCACUGCAACCCAUUUUAUUCCAUAAUCCUCAAAAGGAAAUUGAAUUAAUUUUGAACUUUUACAUCAAGUAGUUUUUUUUUUUUUUCAAGUACACCAUGUUUACGCUCUUAGCUAAGAUACAUUUGUUUGGCUUUCAAGUUUACCAACUUUCACCUUUCUGAAUCUCUUCCCCUGAAACUAAUUACAAAUAAUUGGGGAAGGAUUAUGAUGUUAUGUCUUUAAAAUAAAUCAUUAGGUACCCGACACAACAACAUUUCUGAUUUCAGAUCUUUAAACCUGCUCCACUACAAGCUCCUUGCUUCUACCCACAAUUCCCCUGUGUUUGGCAGAGCUGUUGUGUGGCCACAUCUGGUCAGAGUCAACUGCAUCUUCAGUUAUGUGACUGUUUUAGGAGCGCGCUGCCACAUCAUGUUCCAGUUGCACUCCCUCAGAUCGUUAAUAAUGUAUCCUCAUUAGCAGCUGUAAUACCGUUACCGUCAUGUUUUAAUACUACAAACUGUGUGCUACCUUUAUCGGCUAGAUGCAAGCCCUACUGUCUCAGUUGGUCACAAAAAAGUUAAUAAUUCAUGUGUCACUGAAAACAGCUAGUUAGUUUGAAUUCUAGAGGUUCACCGUCUUAUUUGCACAGUUUUGAGUAAAAGAUAGAAAUAAGUUGUGAUUUAGAUUUUGUCAGUUAACCAGAUCUAUUUAUCUUGACUUGAAGUGGACACGGGUAAUCCAGUGUGUAAACUAUAGUAGUAAUACAAGCCUUCUCUCAUCAUUUAUCCAACAUUUUUCAGAUCUUUACAGAUAUUUUCUUACUAUUCUGGGUACAUAUGUACUCUGGCACAUUUAACGUUUGUAUUAUUUAGCUGAUAAAUGAGAAAAUACAAAUAAAGUCUAAUAAAGUGUCUGGCAGAUUAGUUUAAAUACACGCCCAGUUAACUUCACCUCAUAACAAAUAUAAACAGGAAAGACUUUAAAAAAACUAUCAUAUAUUCCUUUUAAACUUAAUUUAAAUGACACACUUUAGCUUCUGACUAAUCACUUGGGAGAUAUUAGUGUUCGUAUCCCUAUUAUUCCACUUGGUUUGAACAUCGGCACCAUUAUCUAAACUUCCAUUCAUUUCCAUACCCCGCUAUUGACCUUUGUUAGAACGCUGUUCUUCUAUAGCUCACACUUCCAGAUGAUAAUUGCGGGAAACAAGUGUAGGUGGUGGGAGACGCAGUGUGGUGUAUUCAGGUAGAAGGAGAUGUGGGCUGCAGAGGCACAGCUGUCUCGCUAACACCUCAUUUUAUUAUAACGUUUAAAUAGACAAUGCUAGGAGAAGUGAAGGUCGGGGUCAGUUCUUGACAAGCGUAAAGAGGCUGUCAGUCCCAGCAGGCUCUCAUCGCUCCUUUCUGCUGUCGGAGGGGGGGCGUGAACUCAGCGCUUUUAAUCUGAGCGCUGACCUGUUGACCGCUGUGUGAGGAGAAAGAAAGCUCGCCAAGACACUAACAAUUCACCAGGCUAAUAGGCUGGAGAGCCCGCACACGCAGCUCAGACGCUAGUCAGGGAUGAGUCAGCACUCACAAACAAAACAAAGUGGAGCCCUCAGCUUCAAUAAGGCUUUCAUCCAUCUACCUGAAAGAUUAUUAAUGGAGUAGCAUCAGGCCGCUUUGUUCUUCCCCACAUUUUCUCUGGUCAUUUUCAUGUAAACUUGGAGAUGAAAACAGUUUCUCUGCUUUCAACUUGUUGUAUGAGCUUAUAAGACUAAAGCAAAGACGCUUUCAAUCAAUUCAAUGUAACUUUGGAUAAACAUUCAGUCAUGUUUUGAAUCAAACUCAUCUCCUUCCCCUCGCCUCACAGCUUCAUCUCUAUCCAACUCCCUGCAUUCAGAAACAUGUGUCAGUAUUUGUAAUUAUUAGGACCACAAAACAAGAAUUAAAUGAAGGUAUAAUAUUUCAGAGAUAAAAUGAUGUGCAAUGAGUAACAAUAUUGUGAGGAAAACAAUUUUCCUUUCCAAGUCUUUUGCAACGAAAGUAGUAAUUGUACAAUUCAGUAUAUUGCAUAUAUGUUGUAUCGUAGAGACACUACUACAUAAGGAAAAGCUACCCAGUUCAAUAAUCACAUACUGCAUUUUGUUCUCAGAGCAAAGCGUACUAUGACUUUAUCGCUAUAUUUACUUUUAGUCUUGAAUUAUGUAUUUUUCUCAGAACAUUAUGCCUUUCUCCAGUUUAUACCACAAUUAUUUUGACUUUGGGUUUACCCUGUGGGUGCAAGGAGUCAUUUUGAUAUUCCGUUUUUUUAAUUAAAAAGAUAAACAUCACAGAGGUAGGUGCUCGUUUAAAAAUCUAAAAGGUUUUUUGUUCUUAAUUUCCUGGUGGUAUUUCCUUCCCAUGAACACUUCAACAAGAAUGGGAGUUUUGCGAGUGAAUAACUGUCUUUAUUUUGUUUAUACCAAAGUCAUGGAUUCAAGUUUAUUUGAAUUUUUCUAUUUUUGUGCAAACCAGUUUCCAUUUAGCAUUCACUGAUAAGUCUCUUGGGAGACGUCACAGAGAGACACUGCCUUUUGAGAAAUGUUGUUUUUUCAAAUGUUGGUUGAAUAGAUGAUAGAAAAUAAGACUUAUCGUAAAGGGGAUGUGUGCAAAUAGAAUAGCAUUUAGUCAGCUACUGUUUUAGAGGGGAAAGAACCAGUAGCUGCAGAUCUCUAUAAAUGUUUUUCUGUCAGUUUACAUGUUUCAUCAUCUGUUGGUAUAAUUUGCAGUGGAGAGAGGUGUUUGCUAGAUAGACAAAAGCACAACUGCCGUUUAUUUUUUUGUUUUGGUUGCGUAUCUUUUGGAUUGCUUUGUUUUUUUUACGCUUAGGACAAUUUGCAAGGCCUUCGUUAAGAAAGCUGCUAUUGUUGUUCACUGUGUAACAGGUGUGACCGCUUCUUUUUCCUCAUUUCACUGGUUACUUUCUCUGUGUUUCCACAAUCUGUUCUACACAUGACCAGUGAGGUCAAAUGUGAUUUAUGCAAUAAAAUGUUUACUGAGGUCGUGAACACCACAGGAGACCCAGAGCGGAUGUAAAGACUUUACAAUUCAAGCACAAUGUGCAAAUGCUACCAUUUUUUAGUCCAAGCAAGAGAGUUGUUUAUAUACAGAGUAAAUCUUUGUGCUUUAAAAAUGUGCUUUUUAAAGGUGUAAAAAUAAAUGCAUUUUUCAUAUAAA